AUGUCCGAUCUCAUCAUUCUGUGUGCUGCACUCAUAGGUCAUGCUUCUAGCAAGUCAGGGUUUGGUCCCCGUACUGUUAUACUAUGUGAUCAGUGUGAGAGAGAGUAUCAUGUGGGUUGUCUGAGGGAUCAUAACAUGGAUGAUCUUAAGGAGUUACUAAAAGGAAAUCGGUUUUGUUGUGCGGACUGCGAUAGAAUUCAUACUGCUUUACAGAAAUUGAUAGUUCGUGGAGAAGAGAAGCUUCCCGAUUCAUCUCUGCAUGUUGUGAGGAAGAAGCAUGCAGAAAGUAGUUUAGAGAGCAAGGACAAACUUGAUGAGCGCUUUGAUCCUAUAAGUGACUCCGGAUCGAGUAAAGGGGAUCUCAUCCCAUCAAUGGUUUAUGGGUAA